CUUGCUGUUUGGGGUUUUAGGCUGGGUUUCUGUACAGCACUUUGAGAUAUCAGCUGAUGUACGAAGGGCUAUAUAAAUAAAUUUGAUUUGAUUUGAAUUAGAGUUAAUGUCUAACCUUAAGAAUUUAGAGUUAAUGCAUGAUCUAAACUGUAACCUUAAAAAUGUGGAGUUAAUGCCUGAACUCAACUUUAGAAUAUUCAAAAUGUGACAUUUGGAACAACUUCUAAUUCUAACGUGAGACUGUGAGAGCUGGUAGGAUCUUUCAUGCUGAAACCCUCAUAUUGGACACAAACAGUAUUUAUUAUAUUUUGGAUAAUGUUUUACAGCUUCGUCAUUGUAGUUCUUUUUUAAAAAUUUUUUAAAAAUUAUUGUAUUAAUUUUAUAUACAAUCCUGAAAGUAAAAAAAAAAAAUCUGGUAGUUAAACGAAAGCUAACUGGACUUGAAACACACACACACGCACACAAGCACCCCUGUCUGCAGUAAAGAUUUGUAGCGGGGGGGGCAGGUCUCCUAUAAGAGAGCUUCCUGCCUACCUGCAGUCAGUCGGUGUUUACUAUGGAGCUGAAUGGUUUAUCAGAGAAGAGCCAGAGAAAUGGGCUGGACAACCAGGCCUUCCACUCUCAGUCUGUCUGUCUGUCACAGGACACUAUCUGCAUUGAUGUGGAAGUUGCUCAUUGGCCAUCAGAGGAUGCAGAAUUCACAGAGGAGCUAAAGAAAAGGUUCCUGGAAAAGAGAAUGGAAGGGAUCCACCGAUAUCUGGAGGAGCACAGGACUAGGAUCAGGCUGGUGUUGGGCAUUGUCUUGGCUGCAGGUUACUUUGCCAUGGUGAUCGUGGCAUGCGUGCUGAACUUGCAGCAUGCUCUGGCCCUGUUGGUGGUGACCCUGCUGGCUGUCUUCUUUCUUCUGUGGGACUGGCUGAUGGGCCGCUAUGGACACCGCCUCUGGGACGCCCUGCAACCCGCCAGGAACACCCUCAACACACACUGGCUCUGGGGCAAAUGGGUGGUGUGUGUGCUGCUGGUGGUGGCAGUGGUGUGCUGGCUGGUGUUUGACACGGCCAAACACCUGUACGUGUCAUGGCGAACUUUACUGUGGGGUGUGGCGCUACAGUUCUGGUUUGGACUCAUCAUCCUCCGAACCAAAGCAGGAUUCACUGCUGUAGACUGGCUGGGCCAUCAAGUGGAGGUGUUUCUGUCCUACACUGGCACUAGCUCUAGGUUUGUGUUUGGCGACAAAUACACAGACCACUUCUUUGCAUUCCAGGUUCUGCCUAUUGUAGUGUUCUUCAGCACUGUCAUCUCUAUACUCUACCACCUUGGCUUCAUGCAGUGGCUCAUCCUCAAGCUGGGCUUCAUAAUGCAGAUUACUAUGGGAACUUCUCCCACUGAGUCAAUGGUCGCCGCUGGCAACAUAUUUGUGGGACAGACAGAAUCUCCACUCUUGAUUCGUCCGUACAUCUCCCAGCUGACCUUGUCAGAGAUCCAUGCCGUGAUGACAGGAGGGUUCUCCACCAUCGCUGGCAGCGUACUGGGAGCCUUCAUCUCUUUUGGGGUUGAAGCAUCCCACUUGCUGACAGCCUCCGUAAUGUCAGCCCCGGCCUCCCUGGCUAUCGCCAAAACCUUUUGGCCAGAGACAGAGAUCCCCAAAGUCACAGCCAAGAAAGGCCUCAAACUGGAGACAGGGAAGAGCAGUAACCUGCUGGAGGCAGCGUCUCACGGAGCAUCCUCCUCUAUUGUCCUGGUGGCCAACAUCGCUGUCAACCUCAUUGCCUUCCUGGCCCUGCUCGCUUUCCUCAAUGGCGCUCUGUCAUGGCUGGGCAACAUGUUCAACUACCCCCAGCUCAGCUUCUCUAUCAUCUGCUCGUACGUUUUCAUGCCUUUCUCCUUCCUGAUGGGUGUGGCCUGGGAGGACAGCUUCAUGGUGGGUGAGCUGAUUGGCUACAAGACUUUCUUCAAUGAGUUUGUGGCCUAUGAGAGGUUGGCAAAACUCAUCAAGAGGAGAGAGGACAGAGGCCCAGAGUACGUGGAUGACGUUAAGCAGUACCUGUCUGUCCACUCUGAAACCAUAGCAACGUAUGCUCUGUGUGGCUUCGCGAACAUCAGCUCUCUGGGUGUGGUGAUCGGAGGCCUCUCGGCUAUGGCCCCAGAGCGGAGGGGUGAUAUUUCCAGGUGUGCCAUCAGAGCUCUUAUCUCAGGCACGGUGGCAUGCUUCAUGACAGCAUGCAUCGCAGGUAUGUUGUAUAUCCCAGAGCUGCUGUGUGAAGACUUCCUGAAGGAAGAGUUUAACUCAACAUUAGUCAUUAACAGCACUCAGCUCCUCACCUGCUGUACUGAGCUCUACCACAGUGUGGUGAGCCCUUCUAACAUGACUCUGGAAGGAAGAUUCAGUAUGGCUUCUCUCAAUGGCUGUUGCGCCAUCCUGUCCUCCCCACACUUCAACUGCAGCCUGGUCUCCCCCUGAGAGCCAGGAGGACAGAAAAUAACGGAGAGAAGAGGAUGGACAGAAAAGGAUGGAAAGAGGAGCAUUGAGAAUGGAAGCACCCUGACCUCUUUCUUGUCACAAGUCAAGCGUAAAAAUUCUGAUAUUGUUUAAGUUUUCCAUUUUGAGGAAAUUUGUAAUGAAAUUACAUGACAUUUACAAUGACAUUUUUUCUAAAUGUAAAGAUAUUAAAGAUAUUUUAGAGCA